GCCGAGCGCCGCGUCUCGGGGAGUAGAUGGCAGCACCACGGUGCGGCCGCCCGGCCGAGCGCCGAGCGCAGCCAGCCGCCGCUGCCCAGGGAGCGCCCAAGAUGUGGGGGGACCGGGGCGGCCGCGGCCGUAGCAGCGCCAGGGACGGGGGCGCGCAGCAGCCUCCGCUCGCCAGACUGUCCUGACCUGCCUCGCUUGCCCCCAAAGAAUGUCAGCCAAGCCCCAGGGGAACCCCUCCUCGUCCUCUCCAGCCGAGGGACCGCCGGCAGCCUCCAAAACCAAGGUGAAGGAACAGAUCAAGAUCAUCGUGGAGGACCUGGAAUUAGUCCUGGGCGACCUGAAGGACGUGGCCAAGGAACUUAAGGAGGUGGUUGACCAGAUCGAUACCCUGACCUCUGACCUUCAGCUGGAGGAUGAGAUGACCGACAGCUCCAAAACAGACACGCUGAACAGUAGCUCAAGCGGCACGACAGCCUCCAGCAUAGAGAAGAUCAAAGUGCAGGCUAAUGCGCCGCUCAUUAAACCUCCAGCACACCCCUCUGCUAUCCUCACGGUCCUGAGAAAGCCAAACCCUCCGCCACCUCCUCCGCGGUUGACGCCUGUGAAGUGUGAAGACCCCCAAAGGGUGGGGCCAGCUGUCAAUCCCGUGAAGACCAAUGGCACCCUUCUACGAAACGGAGGCUUACCAGGUGGCCCUGGCAAAAUUCCAAAUGGAGAUAUCUGCUGCAUACCCAACAGUAACGUGGACAAGCCUCCAGUACAGCCUCUGAUUCAUAGACCUGAAAAAAACAGGUGUCCUCAGGCAGGGCCUCGGGAACGAGUACGGUUUAAUGAAAAAGUACAGUACCAUGGCUAUUGUCCUGACUGUGACACCCGGUAUAACAUAAAAAACAGGGAGGUCCACUUACACAGUGAACCUGUCCACCCACCAGGAAAGAUUCUUCACCAAGGCCCUCCCCUCCCUCCUCCACCGCGUCUCCCUCCUUUCCCACUAGAAAAUGGGGGACUGGGAAUAAGCCACAGUAACAGCUUUCCCCCUCUCAGACCUGCAACUGUGCCUCCUCCCACUGCACCAAAACCACAGAAGACCAUCUUGAGGAAAUCAACCACUACAACAGUGUGAUGUAUGCCAUUUUUUAAAAAAACUUUAAAAAAUUUUUUUCUAUAUUAUAAACAUAAAAUAAUAAGUAAUGAGCACUUUCUACUCAAGCAAUAAAAAGCCCAAAUAUAUUAAUCCUGCAUUCAGCAAAGUGGCAUAAAAAUCACCUGGUAAGUAUGCGGUACAUUGCUUAUGUCCUGGGUACACAUUAUUUUAAAUGUUGCAUCAUCAAAAACCACAGAAUAAUGAAAAAAUAUGAAUGCAUUGUUUUUGCAAUUGACCUAUGACAAACUGUGACUUGCAGAUUUCAAAUAUUUUGACUUGCCAUAAGGUAUGGGAUUUGAUUCAUUUUAUUCAUGCCUAACUCAUCUAUGCAUUAAUAACAUGUCGUAUUCUUAACUUUGAUCUAAUGCUUUUUAAUAAGAAAUUUUAAUACUGAAGGACUAUUUUAUUAUUUUUUUCUAAAGAUGUCUGUCUCUAGUUUUGCAUUAUUAAAUGCUGAGGACAAUACCAAAAAGGUUUAUUUUCUAUACUAUACAAUUAUGAAUUAUAUGUUCAGCUAUAUAUGUAAUAAAAUAUUUUGGUUUGUUGAAAUAUCAUUAUGUCAAUAAAUAAUAGUAAAUAUGGCAAAAC